UGUUCACGAAGCACACAUUCACACACACUCAGAUAACUUUGCUCAUUUACUUUGCAUUUAAUAUCGAUUUCGUUUUCCCCGUUUAUUGUACAAGACAAGCGCGCCGUGAUCAGGUUUCGUCGAUUGAUGUCGAAAAGGAAAAGUAUUUUAAAUAUACAUGGAAACAGUUUUCCGUGUAAAUUAAUAAUUGUUUACCUUUCUUUCAAAAAACCUGACAAUCUGACAGUUUUCGCUAAGUUUUCAAUUUACAACACAAAAGCAGGUUGAUAAGAAACAAACACCAAGUAAAGCAACAGUAAAAAAUAAAUUGGCAGUGACUCGUAGCCGAUCAAUCAGGAGAAAACUAUAUUCAUUUGGAAACUAAAAUUCAAUGUAUAAAUACGAACGACAAAAGGUUUCGCCCAUCUUUAUCAGCAACUAACACCUCGCCGAACAGGCAGUUACAAUUUAGAUGUAUAACCGGCAAGUAACCGGGUUGACACACUCCCGCUGCUUAACAACGCACUCAAUAUGACCAGCUGGAUCUUCGCUCUAACAUGUAUUCUAAGUGGUUUGGGACUUCUAGGAAAUGGUUUUGUGAUUUACUUUAUCGCUGUGAAAAAGCGGCUUCAUUCAUUAACCAAUGCAUUCAUUGUUUCUCUCGCUGUGGCUGAUUUUUGUGUUGGAUUCUUCACUAUACCAUUUACCUGUGUGCGCAAAAAUAUUUCAGGAUACCACAAUUUACGAAUUUUGGCUUCGUCUCAUUAUUUCUUCUUCUACUCAUCGGCUUGCAACUUGUGUGUUGUCACAGCGGAUCGCUUCGUUGCUGUGGCUCUCCCACUUAGAUACGUCACUCUGAUGACAUGGCGCCGAGUUCCUCGCUUUAUAUUUUCAGCAUGGACUCUCCCUUUUUUCGUCUGCUUACUUCCUUUUACAUGGAUAUUCUCGUCCUCACCAGAAACCAGGAAUAUAUGCGAUAAAUUUUUCAUUGCUUUAUUAUUGACAUUUCUCGAAUUUAUUCCCUGCGUUGUCAUGGUAGUGGCUACAUGGCGUGUGUUGUACAUUUCGCGCAGACAUACCCGCAGGACAAUGGCUGUACAAUCUCAGUUACAUUUCAAUCACCCGAGGCUCAAUUUUGACUCCCUAAGGCAACACCGAGAACGCAAUAUGUCCUCAGCUAAGCUGAUCAGUAUCGUUGUUGGUCUAUUUGUGCUUUGCUACAUCACUGAGAUGACCUCGUCUUUUCUUCAUCUUUUGAAUGUGUCCAAAGAAUCCUGGAGCAGUUACAUCAAUAACGACUUCAGGUUUCUGUUCUUAGUAGCGAAUUCGGCUGUUAACCCCUUUGUGUACGCUUUUCUUAAAAGGGAUAUUCAGACGGAGUUCAAACGUUUCUUUUGUCGAAACCGUUGGCCUGCAAUGGGAUAAUGGCCAACCAGCUAUAAUAAAACGACAGCAGUUAAUUAGUACAGCACAUUAUUUACGGAGCCUUAUAUUUAACAAAUAAAGAAGCCUGAACCUUGUA